AAUCUCUGGCAAAUUUCUCCUCCGUAGAGGUCACACGAACCUCAGCCUCAGUUCACGCGCGUAUGACAGCUUACCGUCCGCAUAUUCGACUCGUUUGUCCUCUCUCACCCAACACGGCUUCACCUUUGGCGCCGCCCUCCCAAACAACGAACGACCGCCUACACACAGACCUACACUAUUCGCCCACAUCUCUUCAACCAUAUACAUUUCUUCCGAAUCUAGACAACCCCAUGCUGCUCUGCUACACAACCUCUCUGACAUAGUUUUGUCUGGGCUUCAUUGGCCGAUAUGUCUCAGAUAGACCCCACUCGAAAUUAUUAUGCAGACUUGGAGGUUCCGCAGAAUGCAGGCACCGAAGACAUCCGCAAAUCAUUCAGGAAGCUUGCCCUUGCAUAUCAUCCCGAUCGCAACCCCGGUAAAGAGCAUGAAGUCGUACCCAAAUUCCAAGCAAUCCAAGCCGCCUCGGAAAUCCUACUAGAUCCUCAGCAACGUGCAAAGUACGAUGCCGAUAGGCGGAAGCAAGGCCGAACAUAUGGCGGUGGUCCUUCGACGGCAUCGUGGGCUGGUGCUAAACCGGCACCUCCUGCCAGAAAUCCUUACAGAGACGCGCCCUCGAACUUCCCUCCUCCGCCUCGACGUACAGGCCCCUCUGCUACCAGACAACGUUCAGACUAUACACCUCGCACAGGAACCAAGUUCGGUGCGGCAGACUUUGCAAAGUUCGGCAAAGCAACAAACGCGCAACGUCCUGAUACUGAGGAUGCGGAGCGAAGGGCGAACAAUUUUAGUGCUUGGCAGAAGAUGCACCACAAAGCAAAAGCCGAACAGACGCAAGAAGCUAGACGACGUGAAGAGUCGAAUAGACCGUUUGGUACUCCUCCAAGCGUGCCUCCACGAGCAACUCCUGCCUACAGCCACGUUCCGCCAAAACCCAAUCUUGGACGAAGUAACACCGCUCGCACUACAAGAAAGGCAGGCUUCGAUCCGGCAAGACCGGGAGCAGAUGAACCUCAAGCUACAGGCACCUCGGGCUAUUACAAUACUGCGCGACAUGACAAUCCGCCUCCGCAAGUGUAUACAGACGUACCACCUCAGUCGCCAAAUACUACCUCUGCAUAUUCAUCGCCUGGAUCGGAUGCUCCUUACAGCGAUGGGAGAGGUCACAUACGUCCACCGUACGCACAGCGCAGUGCCUUUUCACCGCUAGGUCGAUCAGCAAGCACUCGAGCCUCUCCAAACAGGCCAGUCUCCUCCGAACAAGCCUACUUCGCAGGCCAGGGCGGCGCGAGACCAGCUCGCAGCGCCAGUCCAGUCAACAGAAAACCAGUUCCAGCUCGAGAUGGAGGUAUGGAGACACCUUCAAGACAGCAGGCGCGGGCCGGUAACGCAACUCGCCCUUUCGCUUUUGAUCAAUAUGCAUCAAGCGAGGACGAGCAGUCACCACCAGCAACGACGUCAGGCGCGACACUCCACUCGCAGCAGCGCCCACAUCCACAAGCGGACACAAGCAAUAUCAAUGGAAGAGCUGCCUCGAACAGCCGGCAACCAGGUUCAAUGUAUGACAAUUCCCUUAAACAUUCCACUUUCAAAGUCAACUUCAAUUUGCCUGGAUCAAAGAAACCAGAUCAACCCGAAGCUGCCGGCGCAAAGCGAGCUGCCAUGCCGGCCGAGAAAACGACAAGAGACCACCACCAGAAUGGAUGGAAGGCUUUUCUCGAGUCUUCGAUAUCUGCAAAACCCACGUAUAAGCCGGGCAAGCCAGCGCAUUGGCUGUACCCAUUAUCGGUCGCUCCGCCAAGCAGCUCGAGCAAAAAGUCGUCAGCUUCGCUUCAUUCAGUCACGUCUCCUUUUGCAUUUGAUGAUCAUUUCUCUAUGGCCUCGAUAAUCAAGGCUAACAUGACCUCUCCCAGAUUCACCAUGCCAAUCACCGACGAGACGUUUACCACGAAAGCGCCAGAGUUCAAGAGUCGCAGUAGCGAAAGCAUCAACACCAAGUUCUCUCCCGAUGGCUGGAAGGGAAAGUUUCAAGGUGCGCCCGAUUACUUCGCCCCGCCGCCGGAUUCCUCCAAUGGCCGUCCGAAGACAUCACCGACUAGAGCAAGCGGUCAGUCUGUAGACACUCCGCCCGUCAAGUUCAGUCCUUCCCAGUGGCAGAGCACCUUCAAAGAUCCCUCAUGGGCUUACCCGCAGCCUGACGUGUCUCCGAGCCGUCCUCAGGUGCCGUCACGGCCGAUGAAGGCAUCAAAAUUACGCAGUGGUAAAGUCCCCAAGGCUGCCACGGUCAACGAUGCUGCCGAAGAGCCCGAGCUGCAGCAGAAUGGCAGUGCCGAUAGCUUGGAAAGCAGUGGUGACGGCAGCGCGAUGGACAUUGACGAAGAUAUCCCUCCUGUCAACGGCAGCAAUCUGAGUCACACAAGUCAUGCAAGUCAUGCAAGCCGAACCAGCCAUACGUCGAAUGGCAGUAAAAGUCCGCGGAAAGUAUCUGUCACCCCUGACAAGCCCGAAUGGAGAGGAGACAUACAUGGAAACAUGAACCCUCCACCUCCACCUCCUCCGCCACCCACGUCCACAUCAAACCCAGAGGCUCGGGCCAGUCAUCGCUCUGCCUUUAGCAUGGGCAGCUUCUCUCACGUCGCACCAUUCGGUACUGCCAGUGCUGGAGCCGGACCGCACGGUGCUGCUGGUGGUCUCAAUCAUGUAUCCGACUUGAGAGCUGACCUUCCCUUCGAAUCUGCUCCAGCCCCCGUACCACCACAUCGAGUGUUUACGCGCAAGGAUGAGAUCAUGGUCCCGGGGCCACCACGUACCCCUCCCGAGCCGCAGCGUAUAAGCAAAGCCAGCUGGACGGAAUACAUCAAGCAGCUUUCCAGCUACAUGUCUCGCUGGACCGAAUACGAUGCAGCCAUGGUAUCUCACUUCGCGUCGCGUCAAGCCGAGGUCGACACCAUCUGCCGCGCCUUUGCGGAUCCGCACAACAACAGCAACAUGACGGGUUUACGUGAUGCGGGAAGAUUUGCAUGGCUAGGUGCCGUCGGCGAUACUGCACAGGGCGGGUUCGGCAGCUAUCUCCAGGGCCUGAAGGACGACGAAGCAGUCCGGGAGCACUGGGCCGUGGCAUGCGACAAGCAUCGCGCGUGCAUGCAGCGCUGCCUAGGCCUGCGCGAGAGAGUGUUGAGAGAGGCCGAGGCCGGACGGCUGCCAGAUGUGUGAUGAGUGGGAGAGAGCAAUGGGCGAAUUCUUUUGGCGCCCCAUUCCCAGUCUCUUCAAACAGAAAAACCCCUUGUCUUAUUCGCCCCCAAUUAUACAUAUAUAUAUACACGUAUGCAUGACAUGAUGGGUCUUGGACAACGCCUUCUUCUUCUUCUUUUUCUGUUUUUGUAAUUCUCCUCCUCA